AUGCUCGUUCGCACGCUGCCGGGCCUGCUUCCGCGCCGCCUGUUCUCCGUCUCCGCCAGAAUGGCCUCCGUUACGCCGAUGGAGGAUAUCAUGCGCGACAAGAUCGCUCAUGCUUUUACCCCGUCGACCCUCGUUAUCCGCAACGACUCGCACCUCCAUGCGCACCACACCGCGAUGGAAGGAUCAACCUCGAAAGAAACCCACUUCCACGUAACCAUCGUCUCCGACGCCUUCCAGGCGAAAAUGCAGCCCGCCCGCCACCGCAUGGUCUACGCGCUACUGAAGGAGGAGAUGGCUCGGGAAGGUGGCAUCCAUGCGCUGCAACUGAAGACCAAGACGCCCGCAGAGGAGCAGCGCGAGAAGGAGAAGAAUGCAUGA